AGUUUCAAAUUAAAAUAUUUCAAAUUUGAAUUUUACCGUUACGUUUUUGCCGCUAAAUUAUUAUUUCAAGUGCAUUAAACAGCCCCACAAUGUCCGGAGUGGCUCAAAAAAACAAAUCUGCGAUUACUUUGAAAGGCUCUGCAGAUAUCGUUUGUGAUUAUUUAAAUUUCGGAAUAAAUUCAAUUUUGUUUCAACGGGGGCUGUAUCCGCCUGAAAAUUUUCAAAGUGUGGAAAAUUAUGGUUUGACGAUUCUCAUGUCCACCGAUAACAAGAUCAAAGAGUUUCUCUCGACGACUUUAUCACAAUUGAAAGAAUGGCUGUUGCAAAGGUGCGUUACGAGGAUCGCUAUGAUUAUAACGAACGUGAAAACGCUGGAGGUAAUGGAACGGUGGGAUUUCUAUGUUGAGUAUGAGGGGAAUGCGGACGAACCUGGGGGGCCCGUGUCAGAAAAGCCGUUAAAAAUUAUAAAAAAUGAGAUUAGGGAUGUUUUGAAACAAAUAGCAUCGUCUGUUGCGUACUUGCCUUUAUUAGACUGUUUAUGUAGCUUUGAUAUACAAAUUUAUACAAAAAGUGAUGUUGAUUUGCCUGGAGAGUGGACUGAGGCUCAAGCAGCGCAUGUAAAGAAUGCACAGUCUGUUAAAAUGCGAUCUUUUUCAACGAAUUUACACAAAAUGGAUACGGUCGUAACUUAUAAGAAUGAAGAUUAGGCUUAAGUAUAAAGUGAAAGUGAUUUGAAUUUGUAGGAUGUAGUAAAUUUACCAAUGUUUUACGUUAGAUAAUUUUUAAUUUUCACAGCAAUACUGCUGUGAAUUAUUGAAAAUUAUUAAAAAAUCAGUGAAAAGGGAAUAUUCUAACAUUUCUUCAAUUUUAAAUACAUUAAAUUGGUUUUAUGUUUCUAGAAAAACAAUUAGUUAGCAUUUAGUAAAUAUUCUCUGUUUUUAUAGCCUCAAAGUUUCUAAACCAUUUAUAACCAUACCAUAAUAAUACUUUUUGGGAAGGUUUUUAACAAAAAAUUUGAAAUUCUAAAAACACAUCAGAAUAUUUUAGGACUAGGUUAUAAACUUAUACCAAGAAAACCUUUUUGCGUUUAUUUAAAUAUAUUUAUACUUAAUAAAGUUUAUAAAAG